UUAGGCGCGGGGAAAUCCCUUAACUUUCGAACUGUAUAUGGUGUGCAGUGUUGUGCAUGGAACUGUUAACUCUUCCGAAAUUUACGUUGUCGUUAGGGGUUUAUAUUUGUCAGACUUGGAUAGUUGGAUCAUUGUGGAUUGAAAAUCAAUUUUUGAAAAUGGCCCAGAAGCGAACAAGAUGUGUGCAAUUAGAUCAGUUAAAGUCAUUCAACCUGUUUACUGCAUUUGGUGAGGAUGGCAAGAUGAAGGCUCUCCGACCAAAUCUCCAGGAUUUAGAGACCGAUGAGGAUGAGGAUGAAAACAUUGAAGAUAUCAGGGCAAAGCUCUCUGGACGAAAUAAAGGGAAGGCAAAAGUAAAGACUGCCCAAAAAAGGAAGCAGAAAAAGUAUGAGGACAGUGAUGAUGACGAUGACAAGGUCAUUGAUGUCACAACAAGCCCAACAAGGAAUUCCAAUGGUAACGUAGUGAAUGAUGAUUCUCCAUCUCCUCCCCCGCCUCCAGAGUUUGAUGAUAAGAUGGUGGCUGAGAUUAGGAGAAACAACAAGGAAGCUGCAAAGACAUUGCAUAAUCUUGAUAACAAGUUGAGAUCUUACAAAAUGUCAAAAGCAUUAGCAGCAAUGGAUAACGUAUCUCCAGUCAUAGCAAGCCCUUCCGAGUUAAUUGAUCUUGACGCACCAAUAACCAGAGAAACCAUUACUGUCAAAGUGAGAAGUCGGAAAGGAUUGAUUCGCUAUGAAAAUUAUCCAAUGAAUCAAACAUUUGAGAAGAUAUUCACAGACCUUGGUGUGUCUGAGGGUGUUGAAAGGAGGAGAGUAAGGAUAACCAGGAAAGGUGAUGAUAUCUUGCAGGAGGAUACGCCCAAUUCUGUCAAUCUACACAUAGCAGAUAUUUUAGAUUAUGUGAUAGUUGAUGGAGUGACACCAGCGUUACCGUGGUAUUCAUCCACACUCACUGAGGAGGAUUAUGUCAGGGUCACACUGAGGACAAGGGAGAAAAACUGUAAAACCAUCACCAAAAAAUUAGCCAAGAUUGAAACCUUUGAAGAGGUGUUCCGUGCCUUUGCAGAAGUUCAUGAAAAGCCUGUUCAUCAACUCCAGUUUUCCUUUGAUGGUGACGACGUCUCCCCAACCGCUACACCUCAGGACUUAGACAUGUCCGAAGAAAACGUCAUUGAUGUUGUUGUUUUAUAGAAGAACAACGGAACUGAGAAAAAAACUUUGAAACGGAAUGAAACCUCAUCGGGUCAAAAUGAUCGCAGUGCAAGAGCUAUGUGUGCUUUCAGUUCUGAAGGUAUCUUGGAGACUCUUUGGAACCAUUGAUAUUACAUCUAGUUCUUCCUUUUGUAAUGGUGCUCUUAUACAACUCCAUCUUUUGAUGAUUAUGAUACUUAUGUAGGAAUAUAUGUACUUGAAGAUCCUCUUGUAAGAAGCAUGAUUUUGCAAUCUUCAAGGAAAUGAGUACUUGCUUCAUCAAGCUGUUUGUAAAUUAUACAGAGAGUUGUGUUAAACCAGCUGUAGUCCUUUAAAGUUGGGCCUAUAUGAUUUCUAAUACUUACUAAAUGAAAUUCAUGUCUAUGGAUACCAUGGUUUAACUAUGAUAAAGAAAUGUAUGGGCCCAUGCACAAGCAUUAUAUAGUCGCUAUUGUACCCAGACAAUUUUGCCCAUAAAAUGCUUUGUAUGAUCUGAUAAUGGAGAUGCUCCUGAUGACAGUAAUGAAAUCUCUUUGAUGAAUGGAAUUUACCCCAUACCAAUUCGCUUCGUAUAGGAAGAAACUAUGUUGUUGGUAGUUAGUGCUACCAUGUAUCAUUGGAUGAGAGUUGAAGGGUUUAAUUGUCUGAAAGGGAAUUCAUGAGAUUUCUCUACUUGAUAGUGCCUUAUCUGAUUAAAUUUGAAAAUAUUGAUGUCUUUGAAAGGGAAGAGAAAUUCACUCUACUCUUUGAGUAACAAAAUUUUCUCAAUUGUUUUAUUUGGUAAUUUAUGUGUGUUCUAAUCCAUGGGUGUCAUUAAAAUGUGUCUUUUGAUUGGAGAUGGUACAUGCCAUUUGCAUCUUGGGUAAACAUUUUGUUUGUAUAUUUUAGCUAUAGAUAUUAAUAAUGGACCUACCUCUUUUUUUAUAACAAAAAAUUAAUUAGUCAAAUCUAUGAGGACUAAUUAAAUGAUUUUAACUAAGUAACAGUUCAACAAACAUUAAUUAUUUCUAUGAUUAGUAUGCAAUAUUCUACUCAAGGUUAAACCUAUGCAACUUUCAGGAGUUCGAUAUUUAUCUCGACUGCAUGGCAGAGCAAGACUAUACGGCUAAAGGCUUUUCAGACAGAAGGAUCGUCAACUUCAAAUCUUAACCAAAAGGCUAAGUUUUUGAAAUGUCAUCAUAAGAAAGUAUAUGGGCCUAGUUCAUGAAACUUGGAAACAAUUGCUAUCAAAUAUCGCUUAACAUCCUGGCAGAGUUUGAGGGCACAUGACUAAGGUCAAAGGUCAUUUAGGGUCAAUGAACUAAGACCAUUUUGUGGGAAUCAACAUCAAAAUCUUAA